CUGCUUUCAUAGAGCGACACAACGAGACGACGCGAAUAGAGUGCAGAAUGUUGCCGCUGACGCCCGAUGGUCCCACGUCGUACGGUGUCCGUGUCAAGCCGCCGAGCGCGCGCUUGGCAACGCUUAUGCGGCAGUUGGACGUGCUUCUCGGUCUUGUCGUCAUUUUACUGGUCGCAAUCGAUAGCGUCACCAACAACUGGGCCCUCAACGACUAUAUCGGUGACGCAUACGCGUUCUUGACACCGAUCGCGGCGGUCUCGCACGCGGCGGACCUCGAGGCCCAGUACAGCUUUCCGAGCACGAGUGGAUUGGACGACUUGUCCAAAAUCGGGUUUUGGAUGGUCAACUAUACCGUGCACGCGAUGGUGACCAAGAGCUCGGAUCUCUACUUCAUCUCGGUCGGGUCGUUCCCGCUUACGACGAAUAGCAUCGACCAGUGCGAGAUUCUAGUCGCCACGUACCCCUUUGACAUUGCUGCGUCCUCGAUCGCAUACCUCGGUGUGGCCUCCAACGCGGUGACGUACUACAAGGGCAGUGCGCUCUCUCACCUCUUUACAACCGAGAUGAUGGCCAAUGCGAGUAUGCAAGACGAUUUGCUUCAGAGCCUCGGGUACACACCGGGUCGCACGGGCACCGACAUGCGUCUCACAACUGGUAUUCCGAUUGCCAACCAUUCGCGCCUCCAACCGUCCCGCAUUGAUGUUUUCAAGCUCUUUCCAAAGAGCUUUUGUACCGGGUGCAGUCCCGUUCCAGAGCUCGGAUUUGGCCAUUGUCGGGCGACCAUGAUGUACGACGACAUGGCCAAGACGCUCAAGAUUGUCAGCAGCGUCAACGACGUUGGGUCCGUCUACAAGGUCGGCUUGUUGUUGCCGCAGUCGGCGUUUUCGUCGGCAUCUCAUUACAUCAAAGCCAUGGCGAUCGUGUUUGCCGUCGGCGGAGUCGACUCGAUUGUGGCCAAAAUCUUGCGGACCAUUUCGCCAAAAUACUUUCCGUACCCGAGUUUGGCGCUCCGCUUUGACAUGUUUUGCUACAAUUCCGACUUGUUUGUCUUUUUGUUUGCGGCCGGCGUGCUUCUCGACAUGGGCAAUUGCCUCUAUUUUCUGCGCGUCAUGAAUGUGUACAACUCGGAUGCGCCGUCGUUUGGGUACAUGCUACAAACGUAUGCACUCACGAUGCGUUUUCUCUGGAUCAACUGCGCGGUCCUCAAGCUGCUCAAGAUUGUCUGGAACCUUGUUUCGACCGCGUCGUACAAUGGUGAAAGCGCGAUCAUGGGGUACCUCAAUUUUACAAGUGUCACGUCGCUGUAUGCCAGUGCCAUUAUGCUCGCAUACGUCCCGCCGUACAUUGAGUACACCAACAGCGUCAGCCACGACCUCAACCAAAAGAUUCAGAGCCUCGAUGCCAUCCAUGUCAUCGCGUUUGAGAGCUUUUACCUCCGCGCCGUGCCCGCGGUCACGGUGCUUUUUGCCGUCAACCUCGGUGUUAUCUUGGCGGCCGACCACCUUUUCUACUACAAGUCGUGGCAGCUCCUGGCCAAGAAUUCGCUUGCGCGCCAAGCCCUCUUCAACAGCAGCUCCAUCUUGUGCGACUACCUCAGCGGCAUCGAGCCCGACCAUGGUGCCGACAGCAAGGGCUCGCUGCUCAUCUGCAAGGCGCGCCGCCUCAGUACGCUGCAGUGGUUUUUCAUGAACCAUGUUACGUGCUUUGGCCUUCCCGAGAAGGAGCUCCAGGGAAGAAAAAAACGCAUCAAACCUUGGUGCUCUCUCAACAAGUGCAUGGUCGUGCAAGACGGCGACCGCAAUGUGCACUUGCUCGACGCGCAGUUCGCGGAUAUUACGCCCCUCGUCUACAAUAUCAAAAUCCUCAAGGACACAACCGUCGUGCUGCACUAG